AUGAUUCAUUCUAUUUCAGGCACUACCACCAAUAUGAUUACAUACUCAGCAAACUUUACAACUUCCACUGUUCCAACUUCGCAAUGUACACAAUGGGAAAGCUUCGUUGCUCAGCUAACGGUUCGAACUUAUACAUUGUUAAUAAUACAAGGUACAUAUGAUACAGUUGGAUUAACAUUAAAUGAUUCAACUAUAAUAUCGAAUAUUGCUGAAGCUUUACGGACGUCCAGUUCAUAUGGACCAAUAACUUCAAAUGGUGUUUCAUGGGCUGUUGGAAUAUGUGUCUCUGGAGUUGAAUUGAGUGCUCAUGUUUCUAUCUGUGUUUGUUCCGAUCUCGGCUAUACUGUGCGACCGUGUGUUGGUGUCGAAUCUUUUGGAGGAAUCAAUACCAACACUUGUAGCGGACCAACGCAAAGCAUGACUGUAAUCUUUCAAUAUUAA